GUGAAUCUUAACAUUCCGUGAAAAUGGGAAAGAUUUCAUUAGAAUUGAUCGCGAAAUCCCACAGCCAUACAAAGAAAAGAAGAGAUGAAACUGUACAGCAGUACGUACGGCGAUUAACUCAUCUUUAUUUUUCAGAGAAGAACAUUGAUGAGAUCGUAAGUGAAAUAUUCUCUCGACUCUUUACCAGAUCGAUGUUUGUUUUGCAGGGUUUUGGGUAAAGUUGUUAUUGAUUAUAACGUGCUGUAUUUGCUUAUUUUUGUUUCAUACUAUCAUAAGCUUCCACCAGGUUUAUCUAAAUGAAGCUUACCAAUCCACUUUUGGCAAAACAGUUUUGAAAAUCAUAUGGUUUUCCUUGCUUAGUAAUUUCAGACGCCUUUAGGGUUGAGACUAAAGACUAAUGAUGGUCUUGUUUUCUUUCAAUUGCUGCAGGAUAAUCUCCAUCACUGCCGCAAUCUAUCGGUUCUCUACCUUUAUGACAAUAACAUUUCAAAGAUCAAGAAUCUUGGAUUUGCAAGCAACUUGACUCACCUAUAUCUUCAAAAAAAUCAAAUAACAAAGAUAGAGGGACUAGACAAUCUUAAAAGAUUAACCAAGCUGUAAGUAAUUCCUCUUUAUGAGUUAUUACUGUUGAGUUAGAGUGUCAACAGUAAUAAUCAUUACACGUGUAGUAAAGUCUGUAUUAAGUCAACAGCCGUAGUACCCUAAUGCAUGCAUAUAGGGUGUUUCACCUUACCUAAAUAGAGGCCCUGCCGGGGGGUGGGGGUCCCAUGUCGCUCAUCUGAAUUUUAAAACGUCUCGUGUCGGUGUUUAUAAAUGCUUGUCACUUAUUGUCGGCUUUGCCGUCACUGUCGCAAUUUGGCCGAGGGCAGUUGUCUCUUGUCGCGAUUUCAUUUUACACACUGUCGCUACUUUUUGGGCCAUGUCGCUUGUCAGAAUUUACCCUGGCAGGGCCUCUUAAUAAACCUCCUGGCCCCAGCAGUUCAAAAUGUGGAUAAGGCUUUCCACUGGAUAGUGAUUUAUCCAGUGUAUUAUGCUGUCCAACUCUUGACCUGGGGCCAGUAAGUAAGCUUACUUUUCCAAAGUAUAAAGCCUGUUUCAAACCUUGUGCCACAGCUAUGCUGAGCUGGCUUGACUUUGGCAGGGAGGGUUGCCCCCUUUAAAGGGUAACAGUUUCGGUUACAGAUAAUUUAUAUUUGGUCACAAUUUUUAAAUGUCAGGAUAAAUAAAAGCCUCAGAGCAGUGAGGCAGUAAUCAGGGCUUUAUAGCUGGGACUUGGGUUGUCCCUUGGCUCAUGUAGUAUAAGACACAAAAAGAAAAUAGACCCAAAAGAUAUAACUAUGUGCCUGGUAACUUGAAAUCUAUGUGACUGCCUGAGGAAUAUCCUGUAGAUUACUGUGGAUGAUGGCCUGUGUUAACUUAUGCAAGACGUAAUACUCCACUGUUAGAAGUAUUGUCUAAGUUAUUGACUUGUUGUCUUUCCAGAUACCUGGGUUCAAAUGCCAUCACAGUUGUGGAAGGAUUAGAAAGGUUAGAGAAUUUAAGAGAGCUUCACAUAGAGAAACAGACUUUACCUCCUGGAGAAAAGCUCCUCUUUGAGCCACGAUCACUUCAAGCUCUUGCUGUAAGUAUUUUACAAUGUUUGCUAAGACAGCAAUCAUGUAUCACGGACAUAAUAAUCAUGAAUCAGUCUAGUCAAGGUUAACUGUGAACAGACUGAGCUGUUAAAACUAUUUGUUGAAAUGAUGAUGAUGAUAGGAUAACAGGAAUUUAAAAAUAACAAUAGAUUAACACAUGCUAUUUUUCUUGUUUUGACAGAAAAGCCUGUGUGUGUUGAACAUAUCUGAGAACAACAUUGAUUCAAUUGAAGAGUUAAAAUGCCUGACAAAUAUGACACAGUUCUUCACAGAAAAUAACUGUCUUUCAGAUAUGAAGGUAAAUGCAUGUUAUUUUCUUCAUCCUCUGGCUCAUACUCCAAUUGGCCAACUUACUCAGAUCAUUUAAAAGAAUGGACCUAGUUUUAUGUCAGGAAUUAAUUCUGAUAAGGUCAGUGUAUUGCAAUUUUAGUGAUAAUAUUGUCGGUUAAAUAACAAUUUUUUUUUGUCUUUGAUUUGAAGGAACUUUCAAGAGUGUUGGCUGCAUGGCCAUCGGUAUGGAGGUUAGAGAUGACUGGGAAUACUUUGUGUCACAAGAAAAAGUAUAGAGACAGAGUCAUAGUUAUGUCUCGAUCAUUAGGUAAGUGGUUUAUAGUGACAUUUGAUUAAAAAAUGAAAAACUCAAGAAAAAAAUCCUUAAUUUUUUAAAAAAAUAUUGAAUAACAAAAAUAUUAUUAAUGUAGUGCAAUGUGAGAAGACUACCAAAUCUCUGAAAAUGUUUUUUGGGGAAUUAUUACACCAAAGAUCUCUUUAGUAGAAAAAUAAAUUGGAUGCAAUGACUGUCGUUAAUUUUUUUGACUUGAAGAAUUUUUUAUGACUUUUCAUCCAUUCUAUGCUACGUAAUAGUUUUAAAGCUAUCAUUUUUAUUGCAGUUUAUGUGUCCUAAAUGUACAUUUUAAUGUUGUUGACUUUGUAGUAAUGCUGGAUGGCAAGGAAAUCAAUGAGACUGCAAAAAGGUUCUUAAUGAACUGGAAAGCCAGCAGAGAUGCCAGGAGACGUCAGAGAAGGCAACUCAACUUCCUUGAGGGAGGGACAUCUGCAAACUUCAUCUCUGGUUCAUCUAAUGCCCUUACCAGUAUACCCUCUUUGCCACCAUUACCAGGCCGUCAAAACCCAGGAUUUAAUCCUGUAAUUUAUGAAGGAGUUGGACAAGGAGUUCCUGCACAUUCAGUUACUCUCCCCAGGGGCACAAAACCAUUGGCAGCUAUAGUACAAGCCAGAGCUCCAAACUCAACUCUACUUAACAGAAAACCUGUGGAAGAUAUAUCACAAUCAAGG